AACAUUUCCAAUGGGAAUUGGAAAACAAUACCUACUCGCAAUUCCCCACUGCAGACGAAAUUCAGUUGGUUGCAAAAGAUUUACCUGGAACGAUGUUUACACUGUUAAUUGGAAGUGAAUCGGUGUAUUGAUUUCAAUUAUUUAAACCUGAAAAUAAAAUGGAAAUGUUACGGCUCUUUAUCACAAUAUCACUAGGAGCCACCAUAGAUUGCUACAGACAUAAGUUCUUUUCAAAUAACCUGGACACGGAGCCGUCUUUAUCAAUCCUAUAUGCUCGAGACAAACGAAGUGAUCUCAUCACAAACGAGUGCCUCUCAGAAAUGUACCCACGAAACUUAUACAGACACCCUCUCCACAUAGACCGGAAUGACAUACCUUGCAUCAUACAUUGCGUGUUGAAAAAGUUUGGGAUCAUGUCCAAUGAUGGUAUUAUAAACAUAAGGAACUACUACAGGCGGGUGCAAGCGAUCCAUCGAUACGAUCCAAGGGUUUUAAUAUCGGAUGUUGGCGAGACCUGCGCGCAGAAUAUCAAUGGGAUGAACUUGGAUCACGACGUGUGUAAAAAAGCUAAAGUAUUUAAUGACUGUACGCAGCUGUACGUAAUUUCGUAUAAAGAUCCUGAAACUGAAUAAUUUUUUACCAAAUAAUAAAUUUUACUAGUGUGGACACUACAGGUAUAAAACAAUGCCAAACAAUAAUAUUGUGUGUGAGAAUGCGUUAAACAAAACAUAUAAUUAUCAUUAUUAU